GCCCGCGUCCGCGGAGCCGGAGGAGGCGGAGCUGGCUUGCCCCGGCUCCGAAGCGGAGCGGUAGCGGAGGAGUCGGUGCGGCAGGUCCUGGCGGCCGAGAUUUGGGCGCAGAGGCCUGAGAGGCUGGCAGGGAGCGGCGGUAGCACGGGGAGAGCGGCGCCACAGGCUGGGCGCUCCCGGCGUGAGGCGUGCGCUCCAUGCGUGCGGGCCGAGUGCGGCCCCUGCGAGCCUCCGACAUGAAGAAAGACGUGCGGAUCCUGCUGGUGGGAGAACCUAGAGUUGGGAAGACAUCACUGAUUAUGUCUCUGGUCAGUGAAGAAUUUCCGGAAGAGGUUCCUCCCCGAGCAGAGGAAAUCACCAUUCCAGCUGAUGUCACCCCUGAAAGAGUUCCAACACACAUUGUCGAUUAUUCAGAAGCAGAACAGAGUGAUGAACAACUUCAUCAAGAAAUAUCACAGGCUAAUGUCAUCUGCAUAGUUUAUGCUGUUAACAACAAACAUUCUAUUGAUAAGGUAACAAGCCGAUGGAUUCCUCUCAUAAAUGAAAGAACAGACAAAGACAGCAGGCUGCCUUUGAUAUUGGUUGGGAACAAAUCUGAUCUGGUGGAAUAUAGUAGUAUGGAGACCAUCCUUCCGAUUAUGAACCAAUAUACAGAAAUAGAAACCUGUGUGGAGUGUUCAGCAAAAAACCUAAAGAAUAUCUCAGAGCUGUUUUAUUAUGCACAGAAAGCUGUUCUUCAUCCUACAGGGCCUCUGUACUGCCCAGAGGAGAAAGAGAUGAAACCAGCUUGUAUAAAAGCCCUCACUCGUAUAUUUAAAAUAUCUGAUCAAGAUAAUGACGGCACUCUGAAUGAUGCUGAACUCAACUUCUUUCAGAGAAUUUGUUUCAACACCCCUUUAGCUCCGCAAGCGCUGGAAGAUGUCAAGAAUGUGGUUAGAAAGCACUUAAGUGAUGGUGUGGCUGACAGUGGGCUGACGCUCAGAGGUUUUCUCUUUUUACAUACACUUUUUAUCCAGAGGGGGAGGCAUGAGACUACUUGGACUGUGCUCCGACGAUUUGGUUAUGAUGAUGACCUGGAUCUGACGCCUGAGUAUUUAUUCCCCUUGCUAAAAAUACCUCCUGAUUGCACUACUGAAUUAAAUCAUCAUGCAUAUUUGUUUCUCCAAAGCACCUUUGACAAACAUGAUUUGGACAGAGACUGUGCUUUAUCACCUGAUGAACUUAAAGAUUUAUUUCAAGUUUUCCCUUACAUACCUUGGGGACCAGAUGUAAAUAACACAGUUUGCACGAAUGAAAGAGGCUGGAUAACCUACCAGGGGUUCCUCUCCCAGUGGACGCUAACAACCUACUUAGAUGUGCAACGUUGCCUGGAAUAUUUGGGAUAUCUAGGCUAUUCCAUACUGACGGAACAAGAGUCUCAAGCUUCAGCCAUUACAGUAACAAGAGAUAAAAAGAUUGACCUGCAGAAAAAACAGACUCAGAGAAAUGUGUUCAGAUGUAAUGUAAUUGGAGUGAAAGGCUGUGGGAAAACCGGAGUUCUUCAGUCUCUCCUCGGAAGAAACCUAAUGAGGCAGAAGAAAAUUCGUGAUGAUCAUAAGUCCUAUUAUGCAAUUAACACUGUCUAUGUAUAUGGACAAGAGAAAUACUUAUUGCUGCACGAUAUCUCAGAGUCGGAAUUUCUAACUGAGGCCGAGACCCUUUGUGAUGUUGUAUGCCUGGUAUAUGAUGUCACCAAUCCCAAAUCCUUUGAAUACUGUGCCAGGAUUUUUAAGCAACAUUUUAUGGACAGCAGAAUUCCCUGCUUAAUUGUAGCUGCAAAGUCAGACCUGCAUGAAGUCAAACAAGAACAUAGUAUCUCACCUACUGAUUUCUGCAGGAAACACAAAAUGCCUCCACCUCAAGCCUUCACUUGCAAUACUGCUGAUGCACCCAGUAAGGAUAUCUUUGUUAAGUUGACAACAAUGGCCAUGUACCCAGAGGAUCAUUACAGAGGCAGCCUCUCCCGAGACAUGGGCAGCACUGAUAGAAUAGAGAAUUUGAGAAAAAUCUGGGUCUUUCUAAAAACUGCUUUCCAUGCCCGGUUACGCUGUAUGUGCACCUGCAACAGGUGUACAUUUUGCAUCUGUCAGAACUUCCUCAACUCAGACUUGCUGCAAUCUGUAAAGAACAAAAUCUUCACUGCAGUUCUUAACAGGCAUGUGACACAAGCUGACCUCAAGAGCUCAACAUUCUGGCUUCGAGCAAGCUUCGGUGCUACUGUCUUUGCAGUUGUGGGCUUUGCUAUGUACAAAGCACUAUUGAAACAGCGAUGAUUAAGAAAAAGGACCGGCCUACCAAAACACAUACUUUUAUGUACAUCCUGAAUGCUUUAAAUUCUGCUAGAAAUAUUGAGAUAUUUAUAUAUGCAGAGUUACUUUAUAAAUAUUUGUAAUUCAUGCAUAAGAGUAUUUUACUCAUAGUAAUGACUGCAGUAUUGGCUGGCAUGUGGAAAGAAAACAUCUUAGUAGCCAAAUAUAAGUGGCUAAAUUUCAAAGGCCAAAAGGGAAUAUUUUGUAAAUAAUGUACAUAUCCAAGCAAGAUAUGGUCUCCCGAACUGACUUCUAGAAAUGGUGUUUGCAGACAUUUCUACAGUAGUGUUCUAGUAUUCACUUGGCUCACCCUGCUAGGUUUCAGUCACCCAGAGAUUGUGUUUACUCAGGCAUCACGUAUUUAUUUCAAGGUGACUCAGAACGAUCCUUUGGCUUCUAUAGCUGUUUCUCUUCUUUUUUUUUAAGAUUACACAGGAGUCAAAGUCAGCUUUCCAAAACCACUCUGUUUCCGUCACUUAUGGUAGGCCGGCAUCAAAGCCAUCAUAAAACCUAGAACGUUGUGGCUGAGGACCUGAGGCAGGAGCAGGUAGCGGAGUUUUUCUGUCACCACAUUGCUUCUUUGUCAGAGUGUGAAUUUUAUAGCCCUUUCAAUCAAAUGGGGAAAACUAUUUGUAUAUUAUCAAUGUUUUUAGUUAUAAUAAAGAAGCCACCCUGACCACUGCUGAAUCUCACCUGAAGUGAAAACCGUCCUAUAAUGGCCAUGUCUGUGUAGUAUAUUGCCGUAGCUGCAUGUGUCAUGAAGUGUUCUAUAUCUGGCCAGGAUAACCUAGAGGCAACACUUUUUUAAUGGUAAAAUAAAUCUAAUGAAUAUAAACUCUCACAAUAAACCUAUUUUUUCCAUCAUUGACCUUUUCAAGUAUUUAAAUAAAUAACUGCUGUAUACUGUGA